UACGAAACCAGAGAGCUUCGGAAGAGCAGAGGUAACCGUAGUGAAAUCCCGAUGAAUCAUGAAGAAGAUGCUAAACAAACCGGGUCUUGCCCUUCGCAACAAGACUUCAACCCGUGUCCAAUCUGCCUAGGACCCUUGGUUCAGGAAUCCUAUCUCGAUACAUGUUUCCAUAUUUGGAAAUGUAGGCUGCUUAUCCUUGAUUUGGUGGCAAAAGUUUUGAUUCACCGUUCUCAAUCUGUCGUGGCAGAUAAGUUUUGUUACAAUUGUAUUGUGCAUUGGAGUAGAGUGGUUGCUAGCAAGCGAUCCCGCCCAUCUUCCUCUGUGAAAUGUCCUCUAUGCAAGACUGAGAAUUUUUCGGUAAUCAGUGGGUUCGAUGGAACUUGUUUUCAACGGCAUUAUAUAAAUCAAGAUUUUGAGAAUGGAUUCACCUUUUCAAAAGCACACAAGUAUAGAUUACAAUGCUAUUACAGUGAACCAGGUAUCGUAAAUGACAUAUUUGAUGUAUUGCGAUUUUGGAAAUCUCGGAAGUAUCUUCAGUCAAAUGUGUGGCUUCACAGUUGGUUGAAAAGGGAACUUCAAACUUUAAUGCAGGAGGAAGAUGUUGACGUGGUUGUGCAUCACAUACAUGGUGUGAUUAAUUCUUUCUUGAGAAGAAUCGAACAGACCCAUCUAUUAAAGAAACCUGCUGAAGCAAAACAAGACGACUUCAGGACGGCUGUCUUUGAUGCAGCAAAGCCAUUUCUACUAGCAAGAACAGAUCGAUUUGUGAAUGAGCUGGAGUUAUUUCUUGCCUCGGGCUUGAACAUUGAUGCUUAUGAUGCAGUUUAUAUGCAACGCUUGGGUUGGAACACUCCAGGAGGAACCACCAGCACUAAGCCUGCAGAAGAACCUAGUCAACAUGUAGGAGUGGUUCCAUACUUGUUUAUCUUUGAUGUAGACUCUGAUGAAGCUGAAUGAAAUUUCCAUUUCUAAUGUAAA